GCUUUGCCGAUGAACGCGACAAAGUUGCAAAAGCUACAGCUCUUGCAGGACAUUAUGGCUACUGGGGAUGAGGGUUGCAAGCAGUUCUGCAAGGAUGAGCUUGCAAAACUGAUCAAGCCGAAGGCAGCAACGCCAGCUCCGGCCCCUACCAGUGAUGCCGAUCCUCCGGCCCCUACCACAACGGGUGCCGAUCCUCCGGCCCCUACCACCAGGGGUGCCGAUCCUCCGGCCGCUACCACCAGGGGUGCCGAUCCUCCGGCCCCUACCACCAGGGGUGCCGUUCCUCCGGCCCCUAAUGCCCCGACCUUUGAUGAUGUCAGUGCGAAGAUGGGUUGGUCAAGUCCUGCAACCCCACGCAUGGUGGAGGCACCUGGUACGCCAUCUCCUGCAACGCCUGGCAGUGCAAUCACAACGCCUGGCAGUGCAAAAACAACGCCUGGCAGUGCAAGCGACGGCUUGGUCCAAGGUUCUGCGCCACUCUACAACCGAAAGAACGCCGCCAUGUUCUUGAAUCGCCUGAAAGGCAACCCAAAGAGGAUGCAAGCCUUGCCUGAUGACUUGGCAAAGUUGGUGCGGGACGAAGAUUCAAAGAGCAAAGCCAUCGACUUGAUCGUCGCUGCAGGAGGAGACGAAAAUGAGCUGGUCGGGCAGUGGACUGCAUCGUCCAUUUCUGUGGGGACGGACAAGGAAAAGGGAAAGAUGAAACCUUUGACGGAACAGGAAUUGAUCGGCAAGUACGGUGCGGUCAAUGCUGCGAAGGUGAUGGAGGAAAAAAGGAAGGCUGGUUUGGAGGUUGAUGAUCCCAAUUGUAAAGGGCUCAAGCUUUACUUGCACAACGAGUGGCAGAGGGAAUGGACGAGAGGCACAGAAGAACGAAGCAGUUUCACUGCUUCCGGAGAAGUUCGUGCGGGUGACGCUGCCAACGUUGCACAAAUUCUCAGUGUGCCCCGGCGGGCGCUGACAGGGCCCGGCCAGGAUGAUGAGGACAAUGUGGACAUGGAGGAGGACCCAAAGCCACUUCCGAACAAAAAACCAAAGAAAGCCAGGAAAAAUGAAGCCAGCGGCAAAGAGAAAGACGAAGACGGUGAAACUGAGCCGGAAGCACCACGAGUGGAGAAACUUACACCGCUGGACAAGGCGGCAGACUUAAGGGGGCGGGCCCUCUCGAAGGCCAACCACGCUGGCUCGAUGCGGAAGCAGUUGAAAGGAGUCAGCUAUGCGACUGAAUGCCUCAAGGAGAUGACCAACUUCGAGCAGGAGUUCCAGGCGAUCUACGACCAGGUGGACAAGCUCAUCUCUGAGCUGGUCCACGAUGAUGGGGUCUAUCUUCCCAUUGCUACCAGAUAUCUCGAUAUCGCGAAGCGUUAUGAGAGGCCCAGCAAGGUAGCAAACAGCUUGAUCCGAGCUGCGAAGGCGACUCCGAAGGAUCCAACCGCGCCCAAAGGAUCGGCUAAAGCCAAGUCCAAGAAGCGCAAAGCCGCGGAGGGAGCCUAG